UGAUUACUAAGUAAAGGAAACAAGUAAUUUCAGGCAGUAUUAGUUCUGUGGACUUUACAUUCAGUAACAAUUAAUUAGGACACAGAAAGUGGACAAGGAUGGCCAUUGCCAUUUUCCACUAAGUCAUAUGAGUAGAUUGAAAUGUUUAUUCACUGAAAAUGCCACCCCUUGAAAUGGCUAUUAAGUUUCACUUGGGCUGUUCCAAUCUAUGACCCUACUGUGUUGGAGUUUGAUACUCCAGGAUUCAGGCAAAUGUUUCACAGUAAAUGUUUGUUCUCUCUAUCUCUCUAGGUUUGGCACUUCUCCUGAAUUCCCAGCUGGGUUCUUCCUACCAGCUGAUGUGCUACUAUAAUAAUGUGGCCCGGAACAGGCCGAGACUGGGAAGUUUCAGUCCUGCUGAUAUUGACCCCUGCCUGUGUUCUCACCUCAUCUAUGCCUUUGCUAGUAUGCGGAACAACAAGAUCACCAUGAAAAGCAUGAAUGACUUCACUGACUACCAAGCUUUAAAUGCCCUAAAAAGCAGGAAUACUCAGCUGAAAACCCUCCUGGCUGUUGGAGGCUGGGACUUUGGACCUGCCCCGUUCAGUGCCAUGGUCUCCACUCCUCACAACCGCCAGACUUUCAUUAACUCAGCCAUCAAAUUCCUGCGCCAGUAUGGGUUUGACGGGCUGAACCUGGACUGGCAGUUCCCUGGGUCUCAUGGGAGCCCUACUAAGGACAAGCAUCUCUUCACUGUCCUUGUGCAGGAAAUGCAUGAAGCUUUUGAACGGGAAGCUUUUGAGAACAAUCGCCCCAGGCUGGUGAUCACUGCCACAGUAGCUGGUGUCAUCACCACCAUCCGCUCUGGCUACGAGAUCCCCCAACUGUCACACUCCCUAGACUACAUCCAGGUCAUGACCUACAAUCUCCAUGGCUCCCAAGAUGGCUACACUGGAGAAAACAGUCCCCUCUACAAGUCCCUAAAUGACACUGGUACCAACACCUUCCUCAAUGUGGAUUACAUCAUGACCUACUGGACUGAAAAUGGAGCCGCUCCUGAGAAGCUCAUUGUGGGAUUCCCAGCAUAUGGACAAACCUUCACUCUGAGUGACCCCUCCAACACUGGAAUUGGCACCCCUACUGCUAGUGCAGGUGUGCUAGGGCCCUAUACAGAGGAGUCUGGCAUCUGGGCCUAUUAUGAGAUUUGCACCUUCCUUAAUGAUGGAGCCACUGAGGCCUGGGAUGCUGCUCAGGAAGUACCCUAUGCUUAUCAGGGCAACAAAUGGGUUGGCUAUGAUAAUGUUAAAAGCUUUCAUAUCAAGGCCAAAUGGCUUACACAGAACAACCUGGGAGGUGCCAUGCUAUGGACCCUUGACAUGGAUGACUUCACUGGUGCUUUCUGCAAUCAGGGACAGUUCCCUCUGACCUCUGCCCUGAAGAAUGCUCUCAGAGUGUACAGUACAAGUUGCAUGGCCUCUGUUUCAGAUCUUCAGCAAGGAAAUGAUCCUCUAGAAAGUGAAAGUGGGAGCUGGAAGAGAGGCUCUGAGGCAGUAGAUUCUGUGUCACCUGUGCCAAGAGAAUAAUCAAAAUGCCUUCUGGCACAUCCCAAAUGGAAUCUCAUCCCAGCACAAUUUCCAAAUGGACUUUCUACUCAAAUAACCUGUUAUGAAAAAACUAGUCAUGAACUUGUCCCUCUCAGCUUUUCCCAGUGUGCUGAAGUCUUCUUUGCGCCUUACAAAGGUCAGCUUGAAUCUACCUAAAGUACCAAAACAAAAUCAACAGUCAAAACAUGAGUUCCCUAGGGUUUUCUUGUGAUUGGGUGGACGCCUUUGCUCAAUGUGGAAAUACCAGCUGCUUCAGGUGAAAGGUGGAAAGACUGUGUGAGAAUGUAGUGGAGCCACCACCCUAUAGUCUUCUGUCUGCCUGUGUACCUCUGCAUGCUGGCUGAGACGGUGAGGAGGAGACAGUUAAACUGUUGGUGCACAGGACAAGAUGAGGACGGUCUGUAGCAUCCUGACCACUUUCAGGAAGGAGCCGCAGUGACUCCUGGAGUCACUAGCAUAAGCAGCACAGCCAGUCUUGUCCAAGAUUGGAAGCUCAGAACAUCAUCCUACUUCUGCUGAAGGUCCAGGGCUGCUCCAGUGUUUCCAGGAUUGAUAACUGUGCAGUAGACUCAUCAUGGAGGGGCAGUGGAUACAUCAUGGGGUAUCUGCUCAGAAUAUGAGCUAGCAGGAUCUUAAAAUAUAUAUAUACUGUACUUAAAACCAUAGUGGUAGCUGCCAGCUGCUGUCACAUGGUUGUCUGAUUAGCUGGUCAUUAGACUCAGUGGAGCAGAUUAGAUUAUCACUUCCUGGAAUUCACAACUGAAAACAAGAACUGUUGGUCUGUCUGUCACUAAAGAGUGGCAGGAUGUAAGCUCAGGAGCUGUAGAGGACUGAGAAGAGAAAGUUACUCUAAAUGCAAAAGCUAGAAUGUAGGAUCUAGUGAGAGCACUUACCAACAGCUUCACAGCUCCUAAUUCUAGCUCCUUUAAGAAGCCAAAUGCAUUUGUGCUUUUAGAGUCUAUAAGACUCCCUUUUAACUAUACACUCUGUUUGUUCCUUAAAGCACUCAAGUGUGUUUUUCUUACAAUUAAAAAAUGUUCUCAUGUAAUAAAAAUAUAAUGGCUGUUUUUCUCCAGAA